UACAUUCCCUGCAAUGACAGGAACGGCAAUACACUAACGUUAAACACAUAAGAACCAGCACUGUGCGUUCGAGUUGACCUGUUACAUAAUACAACUUCACUUGCAAAUCCUUUGGACUAGCAGGUGGUCUUGUUUGGAUUACAAAACCAUAGGAUGGAGAAAUGAUGUCUGGUCAGCUCGAUGGCUGUUUCUCUAGCCGCUCGUCGGCUACCGAUGGGAGUACGAACAUUCAGUGAUUUUAUUGAAAUUGUGACACUUGGCUCGACCCAUUCCACAUCUGCAAGCUCAAGGGUACUACGGAAACAACCAAUCAGGUACCUAGCAUCAUGCGGCAUCCUUAUGACAAGACACCCCAGAUUGUGGUACCAUUUUGACAGAAACCCAGUACCCAUACCUUCAAGCCGAACCUUAUUCAGUCUGACCAAUAAAAGGAAACAGUACUCAGAGCGCAGAAUUAUUGGUUACUCCAUGCAGGAGAUGUAUGAAGUGGUGUCCAAUGUGGAUGACUAUAAGCACUUUGUCCCCUGGUGCAAGAAGUCCCAGACCAUUAUGAAGAGGGCCAGUCACGCCAAGGCCCAGCUGGAAGUGGGGUUCCCUCCUGUAGUGGAGAGAUACACAUCCAUGAUCACUAACGUCCGGCCUCACCUGGUCAAGGCUAUAUGUUCAGAUGGCAGACUCUUUAACCACCUGGAGACGAUAUGGAGAUUCAGCCCGGGUAUUCCUGGGUAUCCCCGAACAUGCACAGUUGACUUUUCUAUCUCCUUCGAGUUCCGCUCCUUGAUUCACUCGCAGCUGUCUACCAUGUUCUUUGACGAAGUCGUCAAGCAGAUGGUGGCCGCCUUCGAGCACCGCUGUGGCAAGAUCUACGGCCCCGAGACACGCAUCCCCCGAGAACUCAUGUUCCACGAGAUCCACCAAACGUGAGCUCUGCAUUGGGACCUACAGCAGGAUGAGCACUGUCAUGUGCUGAUGUGUGUAUGUGUGUGUGUGUGGGGG